AUUGGGGAGGCUAAUCUUAUGACCAUGAUCCAUCUAACCAUUUAAGUCCAGCAUUAGAAUUCUAGAACCAUCUCUGCAGCAGCCAUUACUCACCCUCAAAACUUCGUUAUCAAAAAAAGAAGUUUCUAGGGUUUCAUUAUCCUCUUCAAUUAUUCCAUCUCACUCUCUCCCUUUCUCUACCUCAUUGUUUUAAUUCUACACUAACAUUUUCAGCCCAUCACUUGAACAGUAAAAUGGCAGCAGCACAAAUUACAGCAGCUACUGUAUCAAGCAGGAGUGUGCCUACUUUUGAAGGGCUUAGGUCUUCAUCAGUUAAGAUUGCUGCAUUUGUGCCUUUGAGGCAAGGACUUAACCAGAGGGUUUUUCGACCUGUUGUUGUUAAAGCUGCUACUGUUGUUGCUCCCAAGUAUACGUCUGUUAAGCCUCUGGCUGAUAGAGUGUUGAUCAAGAUCAAGGAAGCUGAGGAGGCAACAUCUGGUGGAAUUUUGCUUCCUACAACAGCUCUAUCGAAGCCCCAAUCCGGUGAAGUUGUAGCUGUUGGAGAAGGAAGGACAGUGGGGAAGAACAAAAUAGAAAUUGGUGUCAAGACUGGUACCCAGGUAGUGUAUUCCAAGUAUGCAGGGACUGAACUUGCGUUUAAUGGGUCAAACCAUUUGCUACUUAAGGAAGACGACAUUGUUGGUAUUCUUGAAACAGAUGAUAUCAAGGAUAUUAAACCUCUGAAUGAGAGAGUCCUUAUCAAGGUUGCCGAGGCUGAAGACAAAACCGCUGGAGGUUUACUAUUGACAGAAGCAUCUAAGGAGAAGCCCUCAGUUGGCACUGUAAUUGCUGUUGGACCUGGUCCACUGGACGAGGAAGGUAACAGAAAACCGUUGUUGGUUGCAGCAGGAAACACAGUGAUGUAUUCCAAGUAUGCCGGAAAUGAGUUCAAGGGUAAAGAUGGUUCUGACUAUAUAGUGCUUAGGGCAUCCGAUGUCAUGGCUGUGCUCUCUUAGUUGCAGAUCGCAGAAGCUUUUGUAGAAGGGAUGUUUAGGUGCUAAUGAUUUUUGUAGCAAUUUGCAGGGAAAUCGAAGCGUUUAUUACUAACUCGGUGCUCAUAUAGUCGUUUUUGAUAUUUAUGAUUGUUGAAUGUAUUUUCGCUUCGAUUAUGUAUUCUUGAACGUGAGGAUCGAAUUAUCUAUAACGUGAAGAGUUCGUAAUUGAAUAUUGUUUGAGUAUCAAUGAAUAUCAUUGGCUCC